AUGACGCCAAAUAUUCCUUCAUCUCAUACUGCCAUCGUUCAACAUGAUGAGGCCGGAGGGGUUAAAAUUACACCUGGUCUUCCCUUGCCUGUCCUUGAACAAGGUCAAGUCCUCGUUAAAACAGCAGCCGUAGCACUAAACCCGUGCGACUUUAAGAUGCCUCAACGCUUUUCUAGCCCUGGCACAUAUAACGGGUGCGACUUUGCCGGGACUGUGGUCCUGCUCACAGAGGAGGUUGAAAAGAAUGGCCUUCUUAAGGUCGGUGACCGCAUAUUUGCUGCCGUCGUCGGAAAUAACCCCAACGACAAAGAUUCGGGGUCCUUUGCUGAGUACCUCAAGGCUACAGCCAAGUUUUCUUGGAAAAUACCCGAUUGGAUGUCGUUCGAGGAGGCAGCCGGCCUAAGUGGUACAUGCAUUGCCACGGGGUGUAUGUCGCUGUUUCAAUCUCUAAAGCUUCCUGGCACUUUCGAAGAACCCGCAACCAAGCCUGUGGAUGUCCUCAUUUGGGGUGGAGCUAGCUCGGUUGGAACAACCAUGAUCCAGAUGGUAAAGCUCCACUUUACAGCCGAGCAAUGUGGCGCUAACGAAAUAAUGGAAUACGAAAGGCUGGGACACCGGGCUGUUACCACUUGUUCGCCCAAAAACUUCGAUCUCGUCAAGUCUUAUGGGGCUGACGCCGUUUUCGACUAUCGUUCCCCAACCUGUGCGGCCGACAUAAAAAAGCUGACCCGGAACAGCCUGAAAUACGUUGUUGACCCAUUCUCAGACCUGAGAACAAUGGCACUGGCCGACGAGGCAAUGGGCCGUACCGGUGGCAAAUAUGUGGCUUUAGAGUCGUACCAAGAUACUCAAGAGAAAAAGAGCAAGUUGAUCGAGAGGGAGCUUAUUAUGGGCCAGAUGAUAUUGGGGAGGGCCAUCCGUCUACCUGGAGACUACGGCAAGCCUGAAAAUCCCGAAGUGGGACUUUGGGGGAUUCAGUGUUACAAGAGCGUACAGAGACUUGUAGAUGACCGCAAGUUGCGCCCGCAUCCACUUCGGAUCCUAGAUGGGGGACUCGAAGCAGUACUAGAUGGGUUAGAGAUGUUGAAAAGGAAGGAGGUAGCAGCAGAAAAGAUUGUCGUUCGGCUUCCUUAG